ACACACACACACACACGCACGCAUUCCUCCACCUCUAUUAAAUUAACACACACACACACCCCAACAACAACAACACAUUCCUCCACCUCUCUUAAACCCCCAAAUUCACACACAACGAACCACUCAUAAUAAUACAUGGCAACUUCAAUUCUCUUAUCAAACUCACCUUUCCAAUUCCCUCAAUUUUCCAAACCGAAUUCCCCCCUUCACCGCAAACAAGCCCCCAAAACUAAAACCCCUUAUCAUUCACUCAAUCCCAUCUUUUCAAACAAGCCCUCCAAAACCGCAUUUCCAAACACCCCACAAACUAACUCACUGUUCUUCCCUUCAACAAACCCCAGAAAGAGACCGUUAAUUCCGUUAGCAAUUGGGAAUCAAACAGAGGAAACUGAAUUCCUCGUUGGCGAGGAUUCUGCGGAAUUCGACCUGUCCAAACAGAAAAUUUCCUCCUGGAUUUAUUUUACUGCCAUUUUGGGAAUUGUGCUUUUUGUUCUUAACGUGGCCUGGAUUGAUAAUUCCACUGGCUUUGGUAAAGCCUUCAUCAAUGCUGUUUCCUCCGUUUCUGAUAGUCACGAGGUUGUAAUGCUGACCUUGACGCUCAUUUUUGCGGUAGUCCAUAGUGGUUUGGCGAGUCUCAGAGACACAGGUGAGAAAAUCGUUGGAGAGCGUGCUUAUCGUGUCUUGUUUGCUGGAAUUUCUCUUCCAUUGGCUGUUAGUACUGUUGUGUAUUUUAUCAACCACAGAUAUGAUGGAGUCCAGUUAUGGCAACUACAGGGUGUGCCUUGGCUACAUCACCUAUUGUGGCUUUCUAACUUUGUUUCCUUCUUCUUCCUUUAUCCAUCAACCUUCAAUUUAUUAGAGGUAGCAGCAGUGGACAAGCCCAAAAUGCAUAUUUGGGAAACAGGGAUAAUGAGAAUUACAAGGCACCCUCAGAUGGUUGGACAGGUCAUGUGGUGUCUGGCUCACACCAUCUGGAUAGGGAAUUCUGUAGCAGUGGCAGCUUCUGUUGGCUUAAUCGGACACCAUUUAUUUGGCGUCUGGAAUGGCGAUCGGAGGUUGGCGAUACGAUAUGGUGAAGCAUUCGAAGUGGUAAAGAAUAGAACAAGUGUCAUUCCAUUUGCUGCUGUUCUUGACGGCCGACAGAAGUUGCCCAGAGAUUAUUACAAGGAAUUUCUGAGACUGCCAUAUUUAACCAUAACGGUGUUAACUUUAGGUGCAUAUUUUGCUCACCCGCUCAUGCAAGCUGCGAGUUUUGGUCUACACUGGUAGUUGGAGGUUGAAAUGAUUUACAUGGAAAUUGGUCUUUUCAAAAUGUAUAUGCCUGUAAUUAGUCAAAUGUGUAGGUGUACUUUGCAAUUUUCAUGAGCAAAUACAUUUUCAAGAGAUAGAAAUUUUAUGAUCGCAAUUUUUUUUUU